AGACAGAGAGAGACAGAGAGAGAGAGAGAGAGAGAGAGAGAGAGAGAUGUCGAGGAGUUUAGAGCCCCUGCGAAAAGCUCAACUUUAAGAGAAAAAAGUUCAAUGAGCAGAACAACAACAACAACACAAAAAGAAAAAAAGAGACAGGGAAAAAAAACAGGGACGUGGGAGCUUAACACACACCGCGCUGCUGUCCACUGUUCACACUGAAUGUACGAACACCUUGGAGCGCAGAGCAUCACACAGUUUCUGAAGGAUUUUUUCUCCAGUUUUUUGCUUGUUUCUGAAAUGUUAGCUCGCUCUUCUCCUCGCUCUCCUCGCUGGCUUCCACUUGGUGCGUAAUUUGGCGACGGUUUUACGCGCCGUUUGGUUUCGUGCUCUUGUUUCGGUUUUGUUUUUGUUUUUUUCUUCUCAUUCUUUCAGUUUUUUUCUCCUCAUUUCGAGCCAAAUGGAGGAGAAAGUUGUGAUGAAAGCUCCCUAAUCGCAGCUGCCUGACCAUCAUGGAGGGAUCCAGCGGGUCUAGUUUCGGAAUAGACACUAUCCUGUCCGCGUCCAACCCGUGCACCUCUGCGCUCAUGAACGGAGACUUUCGUGCGGAUUACCGCGGACAGUCCACCCCUUCUCCGUGCUCGGAGGUGGACACGGUGGGCACGGCGCCCUCCUCGCCCAUCUCGGUCACCGCGGAGCCUCCCGAGCCGCACGGGCUCCUCCAAGACGGCCUUCAUCACCACCACCAUCAGCAGCACCAUCAGCACCACCAUCAUCAUCCUCACCGCCAGCUCUCGCCGCAGCCUCAGGCCCCGCGGACUGCCACCUCCUCUUUCCUCAUCAAGGACAUCCUGGGCGACGGUAAGCCGCUGGCCGCCUGCGCGCCCUACAGCACGAGCGCCGCGGCGCAGUCGCCGCACCAGCACGCGCCCAAGGCGGAGGGGGGCGGACCCGGAGCCGCUGGAGGAGCCGGAGGAGCCGCGGAUCCUUUCAGGAGCAAAGCGGAGCAGGAGGAGAGCAGGAGCAAAGCGGAGAAAAGGGAGGACGCGCAGGGAGACAAGUGCAAAGGCACUAAAGAGGAGGGGGAUCGGGAGAUCUCCAGCUCCAGAGACAGCCCCCCGGUGCGUACUAAGAAGCCCCGGAAAGCGCGCACGGCCUUCUCGGACCAUCAGCUGAACCAGCUGGAGCGCAGCUUCGAGCGGCAGAAGUACCUGAGCGUGCAGGACCGCAUGGACCUGGCGGCGGCGCUCAACCUGACCGACACGCAGGUCAAAACCUGGUACCAGAACAGACGGACUAAGUGGAAGCGGCAGACGGCGGUGGGUUUGGAGCUGCUCGCGGAGGCGGGGAGUUACUCAGCGCUGCAGCGGAUGUUUCCGUCGCCCUACUUCUACCCCCCGGGGCUGCUCGGGGGGGUAGACGGCAGCACGGCGGCGGCCGCAGCGGCGGCCAUGUACAGCAGCAUGUACCGGAGCCCCAGCGCGCCGCAUCCCGCGCUCCAUAGACCGCCGCUCGUGCCUCGUGUGCUCAUCCACGGGCUCGGGGCGGGGGGGCAGCCAGCCCUCAACCCACUGGGGACCCAACACCCCCGGUAAAAUUACCCAGGGUGGCGGGGGGGGAGUUUAUAAUAAAAUAAAAACAAAACAACAAUAAAAACAAUUUAAUCAAUGAACAAAGACAUUGAGAGACUGCUGGAGGACGAGGAGGAUGAGGAGGAAGAGGAGGACGAGGAGGAAGAGGAGGACGAGGAGGACGAGGAGGAAAUUUUUUUGCAAAAGACAAUUGAAAGACUGCUUGAGUGAAAAAGAAGAGCAAGACGCUGGUGAUGAAGAUGAAGAAACAGCAAAGUAUUAUUUAAUAUGGAGCAGCUGAGCUCCAGUGAAAAAGGACUGACCACGUGACGGACUGUUUGUUCGUUUGUUUGUUUGUUUGGGUUUUUUUUGUUUUGUUUUCCUUUCUUUUGUACAAAUACACUUAUACUAGUAAAUAAACUUACAAAAAAGUUUAUUAGACGGAAAGAAAGGGUUGAAUAAAGACAGAAUGAUAAAGAAGAAGAAAAGGGGAUCCGAGAGGUUUUGUGUUGUAAAGCACGCGCAGGCACUAAAGUGAUUAAUAAUGACUCAAUAAUGCAGAUCAAUGAAAUGAAAAGGAGGCUCCGCUGUACUGAGCGCUCUGCUGCUCCAGGCCUGAGAACCUUCUUCAGCCAUCAGAUCAGAUUAUUACAUUUUAAUAAAGCACCAAUUA